AUGAACCGCCUGUACAUCACUCCGGACGGGUUUUUCUUCCGAGUCCACAUAUUAGCCCUAGACUCCUCUAGUUGCAAUAAGCCAUGCCCAGAAUUUAAACCUGGCAGCAGGUAUAUUGUGAUGGGCCACAUCUACCAUAAGAGAAGGCAGCUACCUACAGCUCUGCUUCAGGUCCUGAGAGGGCGCCUCCGACCAGGAGAUGGACUUCUCAGGAGCAGCAGCAGCUAUGUGAAAAGAUUUAACCGGAAAAGGGAUGGGCAAGUGCAAGGGGCAAUUCACACCCAGUGCAUUUGA